AUGGCGCCCAAUUCUCAAACGAAUCUCUUCAUCACCUAUAGCAGUCCCAGCGAGUUCAGGAGCCAGAAGUACCGCAAGGCUGUUUCCUCUUUCGCGUCGAGAAGUUAUCGCGCGACAUCCAAGAAGAUCAAUGUCGACCGCAACAACUAUCGGCCCUUUGUCCUUCGAACCGCCGGGUCCUCAACGCCGGCGUCAUCAUCAGGAUCACCCUCGCCAUCUCCAUCACCAGCUGUCAAUCGCAAGAGGACGACUUUGACGAAGAAGAGAGCGAAUACUCCUACCCCGAGCUCGCCGGGUAUGGAGACGACCAGGCAGGCUCAGCCAUUGGACGAGCGUGCCUUGGGCAUUCCCUCAGCGGAUCCUUUUACGAGCUAUCCUAUCGACGACAAACCCUACAUACCUUUUCUGAUAAACUACUUCAUCGAAUCCUUGACGCCCCGGUUCAGCCCCGCCCUGGGCGUAGAAGCCAGUCGCUAUCUCGUCUGGUUCAACAUCGCCCUGCAGCACUCCGAACUGUUCCACGCUCUCAUCGCUUUAAGUCAAGUCUACUACAACAUCGACGUCAAAGGGUUCGGGAGUACACACUGGACUGCGCUAUACCACCGAGGUGAAUCGUUGAAGCAGCUCAGGUACAAAGUGGAAUCUGGUAGAUCUGCUGAUGACGAUGCUGCUAUUCUGACUGCUUUGUGGCUCAUGGAUGUUGAGGCUUCGCAUGGCGACCUCCAAGCAUAUUCGAUGCACAAACGAGCAAAGGAGAGAAUGGUGGCGACUCGAGGAGGAAUCAGAGCCCUGGAUCCCAGUCUUCAAGAUGAAUUGCUAAAGAGCGAAUUCUUCUUACCUCUACUGCUAUAUGGGACUUUUGUCUGCGAGGUUACCGACGACGGUAAUGUCCUAGUCCGUUUCAAAGAGAAUAACCCCGUUCAGAGCUCUCGAAUUUUUGGGUUUCAGGGGCUGUUUUCCGUCCUUGCCAGCGAAGGUUUUAUCACCACACAAGCAGUCGAUAUCCUGCAGCGCAUCUUUCAAGAAAUGUUUCGUGAUACUCGCGUCGUGCAAUACGAUGAUGCCGCGGGAAUGAACUCGGCUGGGAAGCCUCCUGCGGUCGACCAAGCUUCCAACGAAAUGAGCCGGGUCGUUCGCCUUGCGGACGAAGCGCCCUCAGUAUCACCACAGCACCGCCUCUUUUUGGCGCUGUUGAUCUAUAUCUUCAACCUCCACAAUCAGCCACAGCCGCUACCUGCAGCGUCGUCGUUACUGCCAACCGCAACGAUAGUCCGAAAUCGGUACUUAGAUAUCUUGUCCAAAGUGGCAUUGGAACUGUCAUGCCCUAGCAGCCCAAUAGACCCCGGAUCCGCAACUGAACGGGCAGUGGCAUUGUGGACCAUGGUGGCGAUCGGAUCGGCGUCGACUUUGAGUCCCUGGCGGCCAGAAAUCCCGUUCAUGGGACAUUUGAUAGAGUUGAUGGAGGACGAUGAAGGAGAAGUGGUGGAAGAACGCGACAACAGACAUGUGAUAGCGUCGAUGGACGAGAACAUGUCAACACGCGCUCCCACAGUGUCGACCUCAAGCAGCAUGCGUAAGGGUGGGACGAACCUGGAGAAGCUGACUGCUUGCCUGAGAGGUUAUUACCUGUACGGCGCAGACAAAACGACAUUGCGAAGUCUGCAAAAAUGGAGAGGUACGGACUCUCAGCCUGGUUGA